GGGCAUCAUCAAAAAAACCCCCCCAAAAAAACGAAUAAAACAGCCUGUGAUGGAGCUGUGAACGCUACAUUUCACCUCCUCCUUUGCUUUCUCCCAUUACACACUCUUUCUCUCUAAACACUGACACCACCACCACCACCACGUACAACGACCAACCUUUCCUCCUCCUCCUUCUUCUUCUUCUUAUUCUUUGAGUCAAUCAUGAAAUCCAUUAUCCACAGCUUUCAGAAGGGAAGCUAUAUACCCGCCAUGACCACAACCCAAGCGCUCCCGGUCUCGCAAGCCGAUGACUCGAAAGAACAAGGCCUACGCAGAAGGCUCUCCUCUCUCUCCUUCAAGAUCCAGCCCAUGGCUUCCCCUGCAACUUCGUGGGCAUUCCGCAGGUCCAAGUCUGUGUCUUCCAUGGGAGAAUACGCAGGCGGUUCCAUAAGGAAAUGGUGGGACUGGGGCUGGUCUUGGGUUCUCUCCAGGAAGCCCAUUUUCGCUUCAGAUCUGGAAAUGAACGAGGAAGAAACCAAGAAUCUCGGUUCUCAAAACAGAGGAAGCUGGAGACAUGUUUUCUACAAGGUCAGGUCUGAGAUCAGAAAGCUUGUCGGCUCUGACCAUGUCGGCCUUCCUCAAACCUACAGGUAUGAUUCCUACAACUACUCCAAGAAUUUUGACGACGGACUUAAUGUGAGAACCCAAGGCUGAUAACAAACAAACAUAUCAGCCUGCAUGCGUGAUAUAUUAUGGCUACUAGCUCUGAUUCAAUAAGGUUCAAGAUCCAGAUCAAGACUAGAAUUUUGUAUGGCUUUUGUUUGUUCUUUAACUUCUUUUGAUCAUGUCAAUGUUCAUCCAUCAACAUUAUUACUUUGCCUGUAAUUAGACAGAAUAUUGUAUUACGUGGGAUUGUUUGGAAUGGCGGCUUAGAAGUAGUACUGUCUCUGUUCUUUGGUAAAAUUACCCUGCAAAUUGCAGCACCAUUGUUGUCCAUAUUUAAAGUUUCAAGCCACGGAUUUGUCAAAUUGCAGGCAGGGGGUUGGUCGUCGUUGCCAUCAUUAGACAGCUUGUUGUACGUUAGUAAAUAUGGUUGUUAUUUUUUUUAUUUUUUAUUUUUGAUUACUUCUUCAUUGUACAAGUAUUACUCCUCCCUUAUGUUAAUGUAUUCUUUCUUCCAA